AACAUCUGACAACUCUGAAACAGUUGUCACUGAAUUUUUACGCAUUUUUCCCCUCAUCGUUUUGAUUCCACUCUUAAACAUACUUUGUUCCUCUGAGAUCCGCCUCUCCUCGGACAGUGCGUUUUUCCACUGCGCCGCCAUGUGUGCGCUCCCGCCGGCGUGGCUGUGCCUGCUGCUCGGCCUCCUCCCUCUGGAGAUCCAGUCCAGGGCUCUGACUCUGCAGAGCCUGUCCCACAGACACAGGUACGGCUGCCUCACAAAGCACUUGCAAAUUGAUGCGUAUGCUGUUCCAGGUGGAGGUGGAAACUGGUUGAGUUUACCCAGAAUGUCUAAAUACUCAAAGUCUUCUCACACCACCAUCAUGCCUACUGUGUCUGAUCUCUCUGUUGCCACUGACAACCACAUUACCCAUGGAGACAGACCUAUCAUCUGGAGAGCCCUGCUGCACAAAGAACCCCUGCCAAUGUUGUCGGAUCCGUUGCUUGACCAAAGCGACAGUGUGCCGCAGGAAGCGACGGUCUGGCAACGUGGGUCACGGGGUCGCCGUCAUGCCAACAGCAGCGGUGGGAGGGGCCACAGCCACCUAAUGAGGGUGGGGUGUGUCCUUGGUACUUGUCAAGUUCAAAACCUCAGCCACCGUCUCUACCAGCUGAUUGGACAGAGUGGAAGGGAAGGCUCCUCUCCCAUCAACCCUCGCAGUCCUCACAGUUAUGGUUAA